AUGCUGUUCUUCCUCUCUUACUUCUCUCACUAUAUUCUUCAAGCACUGAAUUGGCCUAACUUUGUCACACUGAUCAAGGAGCCUGAAUUUAUAAAGUCUACUCUGAUUCUGCAUUCUGGUUGGCAUUCAAAAGCUGAAACCAAACAACAUGACCGAAAGGCGAUACGUAGAUACAUUAUUGAGGAAGUAUGCCUCUUUCCUUCUGCCUUACUUAAAGAGAAUUCCAAUGCAGAUCUAUAUUACUUGCUUCAUGACAUUCCAGUUGAUUCAGAGACUUUCGACCUUGUUGCAAGAUUCUGCCAUGGAUGUGCAGUUCAGAUGUCCACUGAAAACAUUGUACCACUCAUCUGCUUGUCUUUCUACUUGGGUAUGGAUGAAAAUCACUGCAAUAACAAUCUAUUAAGCAAAGCUGUUACUUUCUUUGAACAAACAGUCCUUCCUAGUUGGAAUGAAAUUAUCAAGGCUUUGCGCUCCUCCGAAAAGUCCCUUCAACAAACAAUGCAGAUCGGUUUAUUCGAUGCCUGCUUACAGGCUAUGAUUGCAAAGGCAUCAGAUAAUCCGAGACAUCUAGGGGCACCGAUAAUCGUCUCAACAGACAAAGGUGAUGACAGUGAUAGGCCUAAUGCAAAGAGGAGGCUCUUUGCUCUUGACUGGCAGGAGGAUUUGACACCAUUGUCUCUCCAGCUAUAUGAGCCUAUCAUUUACACAAUGAAACAACAUGAAAUCCCACCAACUUACAUUUCUGCUUCCAUUUAUCGAUAUGCAAAGAAGUGGAUCUUUCAUUGUAACAAUGGAAGGGAGACUAUGUCAAUUUACAAGAGGAAAUCUCAAAGAAAUGUAAUUGAAACUUUGGAAAAGCUUCUACCUCACAGAAGAGAACUCAUUCCUUGCACAUUGUUGUUCGAAAUGCUCCGAUGCGCGAUCAACUUGGAAGCUAGCUCGGUUUGUAGGAAAAGUUUUGAGAUUAGGAUUGGAAAGCAGCUGGACCGGGCAAAAGUAAAGGACUUGCUAAUUCUUCCUCAAGGCUAUGCCAAGGAAGUGCAAUAUGAUAUUGAGUGCAUAAGGAGGAUUCUGAAAGUAUUCUACAGCAAUUACAAUAGCUCUGAUGCUUCUGGAUUUAUCUCUGUGGCAGAACUCAUGGAAGAAUUCUUAGCUGAAGUUGCUUGUGAUAUGGAUUUAAUGAUAGACAGUUUCAUUUCACUUGUAGAGAUGUCCAUGGCAGCAGCGUUAGGAACAAAAAGAAACUCUGAUGGAAUAUACCGGGCUAUCGACAUAUACUUUGAAAAGCAUGCUUACCUGACAGAGAAGGAGAAAGAACAGGUUUGUAAGGCCCUGGAUUUUCGAAAAAUGUCACCUGAAGCUUGUGAGCAUGCUGCCAAAAAUGAAAGAUUACCAGUGAGAGCAGUAGUGCAGGUGCUGUUUAUGGCACAGUUGCAGAUGCGAGAAACACUGGCCCGGACGGCUUAUUAUGACGACAAAUCAGAGAAAGAAGAGAAGGAAGAAGAUGAAGUAAGGAUGGAAAUGGAGAAAAUAAGCAUCAAGGUGAAGGAGCUUGAAAAGGACUGCUGUUAAAUGAAGCAAGAAAUCACAAAUGGGUGUAUCAGGCAAAGAGUAAAUAAAGGAAAGGUGAGCUUGUGGAGUGAAAUGAAGAGGAAAUUUGGGUGCAUGACUAGCAUGGGUGACUUCCAUUGCCCAACCAAGAAGAAGGAGCAUCCAAAAUGUGAAAUUCAUCACAAUAGUUGA